AUGAACUACUCAUCGUUGAAGAAAAAUCUGUUCGUUAAGUUUAGUAACACUGGACAUGGAUCACCAAAUGAGGAAGACAAAGGGGCUAUAGGCUCUGGUGCAAUGAGAAGAACCAUAGGAGAGAUAUUCGGGAGCAGUAGGAAAAGUGGAACAAACGACCAAUGGGGGGUAGCAAAUGAUCCAAUUAAUAAAUCAUUUGGAGGCGCCAAGAAGAAGAAGGAAAUGAACGCUCUGCUGGAGAUAGAUGAUAUUUUGAAAGACCACGUCCCUGUGAAGGAGGAAAAAGUUGUAGGGAGCAGGAAGAAGGGAACGCAACAAAAAAAUGGGGCACUUGGUGCAACAGAUGAAGGAGAGGUGGGGCUAGCGAAGAAAUGUUCUGUGGCAUCAUCCGCAGAAUCAACAUCAGGUUCUGCACCUACUUUAGCAGUGGCACAUACAGCCCAGGGAGAGGUCGCCAAGGGGUCGGUGCUUCUCCCCCUUGGUGGGAAAAGCGAGAAGAAAAUGCCGAAGUGUGGGCAAGAGGGUGCAUUUAAAAAAAAACUAGAUAUCGUGGAGGCGAGUUUUAGCGUGGUGGACAAGUGGUCUACCCAUAUAGAACUGAUUGACUUUGUGAAGAACAACAUGAGGACCAACGAGUUUAUCUAUGUGCGGAGCCUGGCCGAAGGGGGGUACGAGAAGGUUCCCUGCGGAUCGAAGAAGGAAGAAGGUGUCAUGUCCAUAUCGCUGAGCGGAGUGAUGACGAACGAAAAAAACGAAACGACCUUCUACGAACUGAACGAAUGGAAGGACCACAUAACUCUCCUUAAGAGUGCCCUCAGCUUGAAGUUCGUAAGGAAAUUCCAAUUGUACAAAUAUUUUUUUCUCCUGAAGAAUAUGAUUAAGUCGUCGAAAUUUAGCAGAAAGAAAAAAUAUAUAAAGGAGAACUUGCUCUUCUUGAAUGAGCACUUCCUGAAAGGGUUCAUAGAGAUACAAACUAUUUUGGACGAGGUGAGAGAGUACAGACUGAUCGAUACAAACAUUACCAACAUGAGCUUGGAGCAAUUUAAGAAUUUCCAAGGAGAGUAUUUCCCAAAGUUCGAUAACUUCAUUAAGGGCAAGCUCAAUCAUAUUGCUACGAUUAUCUGUGAGUACAGCUUGAAGGCUCUCAAUGGGUUUUUAAAGAUAAAUGGCAUUGUGCAGGGAGGUUCCGCACAGGUGGAAGGUGGACCCAUCGUAGCAGUGCCAAGUGGAGUCACACAGAAGGGAAUGCUAAGUACGGUUAUGCAAAACGGAUCGAUCCGUUUGAAGGGGGUGAAAGCCUCUACCGAGGGGCACACGAAGAGCGGAAAACCGGACACCAUCAACGCUCGUGCGAAGAUGAAUGCAAAGAUGAAUGCAAAGAUGAAUGCAAAGAUGAAUGCAAAGAUGAACGCAAAGAUGAAUGCAAAGAUGAAUGCAAAGAUGAACGCAAAGAUGAAUGCAAAGAUGAACGCAAAGGCCAAUGCAAAGGUCAAUGGCAACGCCGAAGUCGACAUCGACGUGUAUUACAACAAAAUCGCACUGAGUAGCUGCUACUGCGUCUACAUAAAGCACUUCAUACAGUUGUGUCAAUACCUCUGCGACGACACCCUCAGGGGCAUCAUCAUGCAGACGUACAACUAUUUCCUGGGGAUACUCAACAACUAUUUCGAGGAGGAUCAAAAUGGAGAAGAUAGACCCGCCCAGGAAGGGGAUGUCGAGAAUAAUAACAGAAUCAAUACAGAUACCUCUACUCCAUUUAGCGUAACGAAAGGACUCACCAAUGGUGGAUCCUCUCUGAUGAGACAAGUCAGUGGAGCGGUUUACUCUCCCUAUGCUCAAACGGGAGAAUCUGGUGGCAGUGGUAGGGUUAACGAAUCCAUGGUGGGAAAAACAAGAGGAAGGAAUAGCCCCAAAAAAAUAAUCAACAAGGAUGGUACACCAUACAGGUUAAUUAAGGUGGAAAACAAAGAAAGGAAUAUCCAGUCAGACAAUAAAAACGUAGGAAUUAAUAUAAAUACCAUGUAUAGCAGAAGCAACAGUGCAAGAAAUAAAACGAAAAAUGAAGUGUGUCUUUUCAGCGUUGUUCUACAUGUAGAAAAAUAUCAUUUGAAAAUAACACCAGAUUGCAACCUACUAAUAAAUACUCUGAUGGAGAGUUUCUAUACGGGUAUUGAAAAUAUAUGCAUGCGGGAGGAGUUCUUUAAUUAUUACAAGAUAAGGGAGUUCUUCGCGAAUGAGAUUUUCGUAGACAGUGUAAUUUUUAGAGGGGGUAGGGAGGAGGAUCCGGGAACUGCCCUUGAUAAAACACUACUGAUGAGUAAUGAUCGGUCAAGCGCAGCGAAAGCAGAUGCACAGCACAUGGAUGAAUCACAAAUACAUGAAUUGAUACCUUAUCGAGUUUUACCCCGUGAAGCACUACCCACCACACGUUUCGCCGAUGCCAUUGGUGCAGAUGAAGUAAUUCAGGAUUUGGAUGAGGAACUCAAGGAGAAGAUGAAAAUAAUGUACAACUCGAUGGUGGAAUCUUGUAGCGAAUUUGAGGAAAUCAUCCAACUGCACAACAAGAAUGACCAGAUCCAAGUGGAUCAGAUAGAUAUUAUGAACACACAGUCGAUUUCUCAACUUUUUAUAUCAUUUAAGGAGCUGGAAAACAAAGUGAAACGGAUGGAUAAACACAUACAGAUACAUUUGUUUAAGGUGGAUAAUGCACACCUGAUCGAUAACCUGUUGAAUAACAUCAAGAGUAAGUGGAACCACCUCAUCAGUUACCUACCAUCGUUGAGCAACCAAACGAUAGAGGAGUUGACGAGUAAACUGGACAAAUCCUUCAACCUCAUAAAUAAUAUUCCUUCCACCAUUAAUGAACUCGUUGAGUACAUCACCUUCACGAACAAGUUUGUGAAUGAACUUGUGAGCAUAGAAGAAAACGUAGAAUCCAUAUCAUCCCUUUUUCUACUUUUCAAAAAAUACUACAUAAGCAUGAGUGGGAACUACACCACCAAGAUCUUCCAUAUUAACCAGAAAAUGAAUUCCAUGAAAAGCAUCCUUCACAAGGAAAAAAAUUACGAUAUAGAAUUUAGCAAUCUCUUUAGAGACCUAACCAUCGAAAUCGGUAAAGUGGAGCAAAAUAUCCAGAGAAUCUUAAGCAUCGUCAAGGGUAACCUCAUCCACUUCAACUUUGUCCAUACACUAGAAGAGAUGGAGAACCUUCUCCGAUGUGUAACUCCUAUAGGGGAUAUUCACGAACAGUACUACUCUGCAGAAGGAACAGGAAAAGGGAUUGAUUCAGAUGGAGCUGUUGAUCCCCUCUUCCAGAUUGGCCCGGACGAUGAAAUCCUCAUUCUGGAUGAACAGACAAAAGAACGUUGUUACAUAUUUGAGUUGCUUGAAUUUCUGAGGAGAAAAAUUCUGGAGGUAAAGAAGGAUGUAGACAAAUACAUCUUCUAUCAGAAAGUUUUAAAGAAGAAAAAAAAUGCAUUUGUGAAUUUUAGUUUGCUAAAAAAUAUGUUCUUGAAUAACAGUCUUGCCAUUUAUACCUACUACAAGUACCUUUGUUGUAACGAGAAAUAUCGAGGAGAAAAAAUUUUUCGUCUAGAUGUACAGUGUGUGUCAUCUGAAAUAGCUUCCAUAGAUUUGUAUUUCAAGAGGAUCAACAAGAAUUUUGUGAACGGAGAUUUUUACGAGCGAUGUAGUAGAUUCCACAGAACCUAUGAGAGUGCACUUCGUGUUCUGAGGUUACUGGACUCGGUGCGAGGGAGCCAGAUGUAUUUCAACCGGGCGGUGGCUGUGUUGAAUGGCGCCAAGGGGGGUACCGUGCAUGAGGAUGUAGCGUGGGUGAGCAUGCGCGGGGUCGACUUAGAUGGCUGUGGUGACAUUAGCACUGAUCGUUCUAGUCGUCAUGAUGUUAACCUUGAUGGGGAUAGGCACCCCCGGCAGGAACCGCUGACAGAGGUUCAGGAGCAAAUUGAGCUUAGAGAACUGCUCCACCUACACUUCGCCAACAGAAUACCCGACCUAGAGAACAUCUACAUGGAAUAUGAAAAGGAAAAAAAAAUAAACGAAGAGAUGGAGAGGCUGAGAGGAGACUUAAGGAAGAACAAAGUAGAUGUCAACCUUGUGAACAAGAAGGUAUACUUCGUAAACAACGUGGCGGAGUUGUUACAAAAUUUGAAUGGAACACUUGCACACUUGUUGGUCCUUCAAAACGAUGCCUUCAGUGAACAUAUCUACCCAGAACUGUAUAAGCUCUCCACUCAGAUAAGGAAUUUCACGAACGUUUUAAAAAUUAUUAAUAGAAUACAGAGAUGCUAUCUUGACCUAGCCAAGCAUAAAAAUAGCGAACUCAAGAAGGCUCUAAAAACGGACCAAUUAUCCUCCAUUGUAGGAAAGUACAAGCAGAUGUGUGAAGAUUUUUUCAUCUAUCCACAGAUAAUGAAACAUUUAGAAAAAGCAUACGAUGUGGAGGAUUUUGAAAAAACAGAAAGAGAACUAAGAACCAUUCAGAAAGAGGUGGAACGAUAUACUUUACAACGACGAAGCGAAUGGUACACCUUCUUCCUACUAACGGAUGAGGAAUUCUUAGAUGUCUAUUUAAAUAUAAAGGAUUUAAAAUGUCUGAACAGAUACGUGCAUAUGUUAUUCCCAUCUGUGAAGAAAUUUAUUUUUCAAAAUGAUUCCAUCUGCGGGAUCAUAACUUCCGACAACGAACGGGUUCUAUUCAGGGAAGAGAUAAAAUAUAAGAAGAUUGAGUUUUUGCUAAAUGAGAUAAAGAACGAAAUUAAAAAUUCUGUGAUGAGAAGUAUCCAUGGAUAUGUUGACAGGAAGGAAUUCUUGGCUCCCUUGAAGGAAGACACCUACCUCCUUUUCUGGCACAUAAAAAAUUUACAGCAGCUCUUCAUCUUCAUCAAUGUGUAUUUUACGCACAUCUGGGAGGGCUUCGUUCACGACGCGCAGAAGAGCAAGUACGUAAUCUACCUCCUCACGGAGAACCUGCGUCGAAUGGCGGGCAUCCUCGCCAAGGGGAGAAGCGAAGAUGAUGCAUAUGUGGAGGAGAGUAUUCCCCUGCAGGAUGAUCAACAUGAGGGACAGACAAAUAAUAUCCAAUCACUACAGAACAAUAAAGGAUGGACAUUUAUCUUCACCUCCUUCGCUCAGAUGCGUGAUAAGUUGCAAGUAUUUCUAAACGAACAGAGCAGUGGCGCUAUCAGAGGAAACUGCACUUAUGGUUACCUGGAACAGGUGAAGCACGACCUGGACAAAGAGAUGUACCGCAUCCGUUUUUUUAAUCAGAGUAUAAAGUAUAAGUAUGAACUUUUAGAAAAUCAGAAUUACACAAUGGAUAUUUUUUAUCACGAAAAAAGUUAUGGGUUCUUUUUUUACAAAUAUAUUCAAAACGGGUUCAUUGUAUUACCGUCGAGCUGCAUCUACGGGAUCAGUCACUCAAAGAAUUUCUCCACUCUGCUAGGAUUUCACUACAUAUUAAUUAACAACAAGGGGGUGAACAAAUCGGAUCUGUUGAAUUACAUAUCGUGUAGCUUGUGCUCCAAUGUAUCCGUUUUUCUUCACCAAGUAGAUGCGUACAGACCUGAGGUUCUAGCCGUAUUAAAUGAGCAGCUAGCCAAUAUUAGAAACCAUUUGGUGAAUAAAAUGAAGUCCAUAAAAAUUAACGGAAGCGAAUUCAAUCUCAGCAAAAAGAACCUUAUGUACAUAUCUCUAUCAGAUCAAUUCCUUCCCUUUGAAGAGUACUACUCAGAAGGGCGUUCACUAACCCCAUUGACCAGGAUCCAUUUCUCAUUUUCGUUGCACAACCCCGCCAAGCCUUUUUCAUUUACAGUUCUCUUCCUUGUCUUCCUCUCGUCCGGGCCCAGUAGGGCAUAUACCUUGGCCUCCGCGACAUAUAUGGCUUUCCAGUAUUUGAAGCAACACGAUUCUCUGAAGUCGCACCUGGACGAAAAGACAUUGCUCCGCGCGGUAAAGAUGGCUAGACGUGAGAAGAACCCAUGCGAAGAGUACACCGUAGCCAAGGGAAUCAUCAAGCACAUCUCUUCUUUUGUUCAUGGAUCCAAAUGGAGAGAACUGGCAAAAGAUAUUUGUCCACUAUUUAACAUCCCGAAGGAGUGGAGAGACCGGCUACUCGCCUGGGUAGACAAGAAGGAUGAAGCAGACCAACAAGAACUGUACUCAGUGGAAGAGUCUAGUGAAAAAACGUGUCACAAUGGAACCUCGUUGGAUCAACAAAUAACCCACAUAAUAACUAACUUGAUGGUGGAAAAAAAAAUGAACUUCAUGAAAUAUCAAGUGGAGAAAUCUUUACAACUGUAUAAACUAUUGAAUUAUUUUAGCUUUCGCAAAAGUGAUCAGAUGAAGUGCGAGCAGAGAAAAAUAACAAACAUUCUUCUGAUGGGAGAGAGGUAUUCUGGAAGGAAUACUAUCGUCCAUGUUAUGGCUACUUUGAUUAACCGUUUGGAGAUGGUAGAACAGGGGGCCUAUAAUAAUUGUACUUUGGAGAACAUCAACUUGAGUUAUUGUGAAGAUGGGGAUUGCCUCAAGUUUGUGUUUGGUCGAAAUGGAAAGGGUAUCUCUGUGGGCGAGGAGAAGAAAGAUUCAGGUAAGCAAUUCAUUCAAAUGGAAGGAGCAGAAGUUAAUGGAGGGGAAAACUCUGGUGAAGCAUCUCUUCAGAUGAAAAACGCCCAGAUGUACACCAACAAAUUUGGAAGAAAGACCAAAAAAAAAACAGAACACACAUGCACAGAUGAAAGGAAAGAGGUUAAUCGAUAUAAUCAGUGGGCUGGAAAUUUUGUUCAGAAGAAUAACAGAGUACACAUACUUGCCAUCAACGUACGUGACAGUACGUUCAUGGAGAGCAUUAUCAGCCACACGAUGAAGAAGAAUCUCCUAAGUCAAAUGAACAAAGAAGAAGACGACUGCAAGAACUACUGUUAUGUAUUCAUGCCAGAGGAAUUAACAAAAAUGCCUCCUAACCUGAUAGGAAAGUACCACCACGUGCAAGUGAGACACACCGUUCCCUUCCUCCCAUUCAUCACGCAUGCAGUGGAGAGAAUAAAAACUUACAAGUCUGCCAAGAAAAAAAUCAUCAAGGUGUUUGAGGAUUUGUUUAUCGAGGCAAUGAACUUUUUUAAAAAGCACAGAAAGAAUGAAGGUAGUAGCAAAUUUAAGUUCUAUGGAAGGAAUGGUAAGAAGAAGAACCCAUUUGAGAGAACCCCUGGUGAGAAGCGUCUCUCUUCUUCCUCGUUUGUUACACAUGGGGGAGAAAUUCCCGGAAGAUUGAGUGGAAAUAACGAUGGGGAGAUCGGUAGACAUCAAUAUCGUGAUGACAACUGUCAUGUGCUUAAGGAGGAAGGAGCAAGAUCUGUUGAGAACGCUGAAGAAGUGGAGGAGGAAUCUGAUGAGGAAGGCUAUGAUGGCGUAAGGAAAGAUGAUGGUAUCAUCCAUUUUCUCCACAAGGGAAGGAUCCAAGUGAGUGUCCACGUGAAUACCCUAAUCAGCCACUUUGUACAGUUCGUGGAUUACUUCAUAACAACACUCAAGGAGAAAAAAGGGGUGGAAAAAAAAAUCCUGGAUAACCACUUGAACAAUAUAACCACCAUAAGCUUUGUCUAUGCGUUUACAUCCUUGAUGGAUAAACAAUUCAGAACCCAAUUUGAGGGGUUCAUUUUUAAGCACAUCAACAACAUCUCUAUAAUACCAAGGAACAGUUCAUUUGUUCAUCUACACUACAAUGCAGAAACGAACAAAAUCAUGAGACACGAAAAAAUGUUUUCAAAGGAAAGUAUACACAUAAGUAAGAUGGAUCUAGUGGACAAGGCUCUAUUCAUCAAUGAUAGCUACUUCCUCUUCGAAGACCCCAACAUUCUAUGUAUGAAGUACCUUAUAAAAAUUUCUUCCUACUUACGUAUGCCUCUUGUUCUGAUGGGUGGGUCUAACUUAGCUAAAUCCAUGUGCAUUUAUAACCACUUGAAUUCGGAUGAGCAGAAGAACCCGAAGCUUCACAACUUUACCUUCCGUUUCAACGCACUAUUUCGGUACAACCGAAUUGUGAAUAAGUUGCAUCGCUCCUUCGACCUCUCCAGGGGCUCAGUGCAGGACGACGUGACGAUAUUUAUCGACGACAUUAAUUGUCUGGGCGGGCAUUCUCGUCUCACCAUGGAGUUUCUCUACGCCCUCUCUAAGAACAAUGCUUUCUUCGACCAGGAGCUUGCAACCAAUGUAUCCCUACCACGUCGAAGAAUCUUUUGUACCCUUAACAGUGAACACGCCAUGCGUACACAGGAAGAUUGUAACAACUUGGAAAGGAUGCACCGACGAUUAUUCAUACUGAAUGUAGGGGAGAUGGAAACCCGGGAUAUCGAAAGCGUCUACUCAAGUAUUAUUGAGACACUCUUCCUGAAAUAUAACUUCUGCGAAGAGGUGAUAACCGAAUGCAACAAUUUCAUUAAGUGUAUUCUGGAUAUAUUCCAAGGUGUCAUGGGAAGAGCAAGGGGAGAACAAGACACACUGUACCUGCACACAAGCAGAAUGAACUACCUGAUCAAUCGCCUUCUCCUGUGCGACAAGGAAAUCACAAGCAACAUUAAUGAAAUAUUGAUAUUCUUCAAAGAGGAUUUGUAUCGUAUCUUCUGCACCGAUGUCAUUUCACAUGCACAGAUUCAGCAGUGUACACAAAUCAUUGAGCAAUCCUUCACCACUCAUUUUGGUAAAUAUAUUUUACAGAAAAGUAAUGGGUUCUUCUUAAGUAGACAAGAAAAUAAGAUGACUGUUCAGGUAGAAUCCAACCUUUUUAAUAAUCCAGAUGGAAAAAUAAAUCUUCGUUUCGUAAGUAGAUUUUUUGAGGAUAAAAAUGUUGAAUGCUUCUACCAUGAUGUCGUAAGGAUGGUGUUGAUGAUUAAUUCUUUUCUCCUCUUAAGAAGAAGCAAUAUAAUUUUUUUGAAUGAACAGGAGGAUCUAAUACGAAAUAUUAUCUCCAUUUAUUGUGCAUACCAAAAUGACCGUUGUAUCUUUUUAUCGGAUGACUUGGAUUUUACUAGAGGGAAACUGCAGGAGGCUUACCGUCACACUGUGAAGUGCCUACUUGAAGAGAGUGAAGUUGUUAAUAAUGAAAACUUGGAAGUGGAAUUAAGGGGGAAUCCAAACAUUGAAGGAUCUAUUUUGGGUGCACACGGGAGAAACAUUUUCCUGGGGCCCUUCCCUCGCAGUGAGGAGUAUUUGGAUCUUAUGGACAACGUACUGCACAAUGGAGCCCUCGAUAGGCUUUACGAAGACUUCACAAACCAUUACUACUUAGAUAUAGUUAACCUAAUAAAGCACAAACAAGUACACAUAGAAGGAAAUAUGGAAAACUACAUCGCUCCGAUGCUCCUAAAUAGGAAUAAUUUUAUCUUCUACACGAAUUCUUAUCGGGAGUUUUAUCAGACGAACUCUUCUCGGUUUGUACAUUUCUUUAAAUCAUUCCACGUUGUCCACUUAAAUUUUUUUAAUUUUGAGGAGAGUAAAAUCUUUCUGUUUAACUUAUCGUUGCCUCUUUACAACUACGUGAAAGGAAGACCUACGUACCACUUCCCCAGUGAGCCACAGUGUGGGUUCGUCCCUGCAUCUAUCUCAGAUGUGGAGAUUCCUCUGGAAGUUCGUUUCCUCACUAGAAUCAGUGGAAGUUUGAAUGGGCUCCUAGCCAACCAGGGCAUCUACCACCAUCAAUGGGAUGAUUGCUCUGUUCGGGAGAAUUCAUUUCAUUGGAGGAAGGCUAGUUCACAAUUCGACGCAACUAUAUUUGUAAAGAGAACACACCAAGUGUACACCACACUGAAAAUGAACGAAGUGAACCCGUUGCAGGACAAAAGAGAAAAAUGCAAAAAGUUCAUUAACCAGUUGAUCAAGCCGAAUGAAGAAACACACACAUUAAUUUAUCAGAUAGAAAACAAAAUUAGGAAGAAGCAGAAUGAGAUGGAUAUCAUGAACAACCACGUGGAAAACGUAUUGAAAGAAUACAAAGAGAAAAUAUAUAAGGCAAAAAAUAACUUGAAAAAAAUUACCAAGGAAGAAUUUAAUCACUUCAAGCAUGAAAAUGAAAACAGAUAUGGCGGGUUCUUGAAAAUCGUGUACCUGUACAUUGGACAAAGAAAUGACGAGGAUCACAUUCAAAGUUCCUUCCAUUAUGGGUUCUUUUUUCAUCAAAUAAAAAAGGUAGCCAUAGAUUCAGUUACCAAGAGUCUCAUCCUCAAGUACGAAAAUGUAUCCAAUGUAGAAAGGUUCCUGAACUAUAAGUUCGUUAAUAUUUUAAAUGAUUUUAUCGUUUCGAUUAAUGAGUAUGUGAAGAAGAGGGAUUCUCUUAUGAUGCAACGGAAGGAGGUGAUCCAGUUGAAGCAGGAUAUUUGUGUCUUGCAGGGGGAACUGAGGAAGGCCAUGGUAGGCGCGGUUCCCCCCGAUGUGCGCGAUCUACUGGAGGAUCUGCUCUCCAUUGACCAAGAGACGAAGGAAGAAAUCGAACGAAAGACACAUAUCCUCCUUCCGCUGAAGAGCGUGCUCUUCACCUACUGCUCUGCCAUGGAAUCGAGGGAGAAAAAGAAAUUCGUAAAAUUGCUGAUGAAGGAGAGGGAGAAGUACAGGCGCAUGAGUCUCGGCGCGCCAGGGGUGGAACUCACGGGGCAAACAUUGGAAACAUGGCAAACAUGGCAAACAUGGCAAACCUGGCAGAUGGAACACCCUGAAGAACCCCACUGGUGUCGACCCAGCUGGGGUGGCCUGACCCCACGGAGUGCACUCAACCUAGAAAACUAUCUACCCCCCACAUUUAUAAAGGAAUAUGAGAAGCUUCAUCUCUGUUGGGACCACAUGCUCAUGUUUAAUUGUCAUCUGCUCGAUGUUCUACAGGAGAAGAUAAUCAUAUGCAUCGACCCUUUUCAACAGAUGAAGAAGUACCUUCUUAAGAAGUUCCGAAGCCAGAAGGAAAAGUACGUCUACGUGAAGUGGCAUUCCGGUUGGGAGAUUAACUCCGUGGGCGGGGACUGCGAAGAGAUAGCUCCCCUAUUGGAGGAGCAACUUCUGACGGAGCAAGGACACAACACAGACGCGAACCAACACGACGAGAAGAACUGCCCCGACGAGAAGAAUCGCCCAGACAAAGAGGUUCCUCUCGCGAGCAUCACAAACAGAAUAAGGAGCUACCGAAACAGGGGUUUUAACAUUCUAUUUAAAAACGUGGAUGAUAUUAUUUAUUCACUUGUGAACGAAGACACAGAUGGAUCUGGAGUUGUAUACAUUUUUACCGAAUCUCAAGAAGAGAUUGACUUCACGAAGAUUAGAGAGGAUCACCACAUCAUCCUCUGCGACUAUAAGAAGAGGAAUCUACUUAACCUAUUUGCUUACUAUUACGACAAGGAUGCGAGAAGACAGCCGGCUGGGGAGUUCCCAUCGGUGCUAAGGGCCCUACACGAGGAGAAGAUCAUGUGCCGAGCGUCCAACCUGCUUGAAAAGGCAACAAACGGGAAGGAUGAAAAUGCCAAGGAUCGUCACCAAGAAGAUACGCAUAAGAGCCAAUCGGAAGACUCACAAGGGAAAGAGAAAAGUGUACCAAAGGAAGAGGAUGAAUCAAACACUUCUACCGAACGACUAGUCGUCCUAACCUACGUGGCCUAUCUUCUAACACAGUCCCUCGGCAUGAUGGAAGAAAAAUACAAAUUCCCUCCUUGCAACUUCGUAAAAAUGAUUAAACUGGGAAUUAAUCUAUUCAAGGGAGGAAGGGGCAACGGAGGAGAGAGCAAAGAUGUCGAAGCGUAUGUGCUAAACUUCUUUUAUUUUCACAUUUUGUCCUUCAUCGAUAGUAAACAUACCCUGUUGCUAAAUUUUUUGCUUAGCAUGUACUUAGAUGUAUAUCAUUACAAAGCGAUCAAGUGGAAGGAAAUAUUUUUAUUUUUUCGAUGCUACAACAAGGAGUGGGAGAAACGGGUACUUGCUUCCAUUGGGGAGAAGCGGAAAAGGGAUGUUACACCCACAGAAACGGUCUGUCCUGGUGAGAAUAGCCACAAUUCACUUACGCCGGGGGAUACUUAUAUUCGAAAUGCAGACACUUCAUUUGGGAGCAUCUCAAAUGAGGGGUUGUCUUCCUUUCAACGCGAAAAGUGUACCUCUCAGGGGGUGGAAGACAUUUUGCAGAAUGACGAAGAGAACUGGUUGAGUGAUGUGUGGGAUAGUUCCUCCGUCGAUAUGAGUAGCAUAUGCGAUGAGAACUUUGGCUUGGUGGAUAAUGAGUUAGGUGAGGAAUACUACCAUGGGGAUUGCCAAACCCAGGAAGUACAGUGCGAUAGAAGGAAUGAAUCUUUCAAAGGUGAGAGAAACCGGUGGGGAGAAAAAAUGGUUUAUGGGAUGAGAAAAAAUAGGGAAAGCCAAAUUUUGAAAUGUGUUGACUCAUCGUUGCAGAUGCUUUAUAUGGAGAAGAGGAAGUUGAGGGCGAUAUUCUGUGAGGAGGAGCAUCUGCAUCAGCAGUCGUUGCAUGAUGAUGGUGAUAAGAAGGUGCCUGUUCCGAAUGAGAAGAAUGACAAAAGUGCCAAAUGUGACAAGGAGAAAAGUGGAGAAAUUACGAAAGGGAGAGAAAUCCACGUGUGCCACCACACCGAUAGCAGCGAUGACAACCAGUUCGAACAAUCUGUUAACGUUGAUGGUUGGAGGGAGGAAGAUUCCAUUGACUACUAUCUACCUGAACUUAUAGAACUGAGAAGGAGAAAGCCAUGUGUCUUCAAAAAAUUAUUACAACAUAUUAAGAAGAACAAAAAAAUAUGGAACAUGUAUGUUAGGACGACGAGUUCUCAUUUGGACGAAUCCACAGGUACAGGUGAAGAGAAUAAAAAGGAAGAUACGUUUCCAUUGAAAGAAUUUAACAGGCCAUCCAUGUUGUUUUACAAAAUUAUCAUCGAUAAAAUUAUUAAAAAGGAGGAGUUUAUCCUCUCGGUUAAGAAGUAUGUAGAUGUUAAACUCAGUGGAAUAAUUUAUUUUAGCAGAGAAUUGGUUAACAAGAAUCUGUGCCACUUCGUCUCGUCUCAUGUUGGAGGCAAUGUUGCGUGUUUUAUAGGGGGAGGGAAAAGAGAUGGAGAAACAUCGGGAGAUGUUAGAUCCAGAGGGGAAUCUGUGAAAGAUAUUACAACGGUAGAUGGUAGUUCCUACAGUGGUGAGAUGAACCCUUGUGAAUUCUUCAUACAGUGCGUUCAACGGGGAGAUUACUUCAAUUCUCUUCUCAAAGAAAGAAACAGGAUCGUUCUACUUGUGCAAAAAAAUAGACAUAGCUUCGCCUUGUCGAGGGUGAUGCUAAGCAACAACAAUGUGCUAUACAUAGACAUAAAAAAUGCAUCAAACUCCUUGUUAUCAAAACAAAAUGACAUGAUCAUGAUGGACAUUGGGGAGGGGGAAGACGUUCACAAAGCCGAGAAGUACAUACAGAAAAACUCUCACAAGAUAUAUUUUGUUUAUUAUAACCGCAUGGAUAGUCUAUCUGCUACCCUGCUACGGAACGCAGUAGUGGUUAACCUCGACUUCACACACCACUCAAGGGAGUACCUGUACUUUCUAUAUUUCUGCCUUAUCUCCAUGAGUGUUCGUACCAUAACAGAUGUGAAGGAACUAAGAGGAGAGGAAGACCACACCAGCGGGGAUACUUUCAGGUGUCUUUUCUUUACCAUCUUGUUCUUCACCCUGUUGAAUGAGCAGGGUCCAGUGGAAAAUCUAAACGUUAACGUGGAUUUGCUCAACGAGAUGGUUGCAACGGUGGAGGCAUUCUGUGAAGUGGUCCAGAAGGGAGGGCAUCACGCAGAGGUGUGUCAGGUAGAAGGUAACCACCAAGAGGCCACAAUUAAAGAGAACCUGGAUGACCGCGCAAAGUACAAGGCGCAAAUAAAAAACGCAGACAAAUGUAGGGAUUUCCUCUCUCACCACCUGAGGGCAUUUGUGGAACUACUAUUUCCCCCUGAAUGUAUACUAACGAAGAAUAUGCUACACUCCUUUGUAUGUAACUUAUUCUCCGGCAAAAUAUGCAGAAACACUCCAUCCGUUAUAAGCAAUGUUUUGCAAAUUCCGACAACAAUAACGACGCUACAUGGAAUGGUUGAGUAUAUAUACAAAAAUUUCUACUUAACGGAGAAAAUUUUUAAAAGGAAUAAAAAUAUACACUUGUAUGAAGGAGCACAGUUAAUUACCCUAACGGAGAGGAUACUCCUUUCUGAAUUGAAGUUUGUUAAUAGGGCCCACAGGAGAAACACCUUUCAGAUAAUUCUACUUUACCUGGAGGAAUUUUCCUUCUUCACAUCGAUGAGGGAGGCUGUCAACGCCACAUCGACAUUGAAGUACCUGACGGAGGAAUACAAUUCCCUGCUGAGGCACAUCACAAGCAUGAAGGCCGAAAUUAGAUACCUCAUCCAAAUGGCUAGCUCGGGCAACCUGCCGAAUUAUCCUUUGGUGGACAUGGUAUUGGAUUUGCUCACCUUCAGGGUACCUCAGAAGUGGGAUGCCCUCUCCAGGGGAGAAAACGACUUGCGCGAAUUCUUUGCGAACAUAAGGAAGAAGCUAACCUACUUGCGAAACCUGAUAAGGACAGAUCAGCGAGGAGGAAGACAUGUGUACGAUGUGUCAAUGUUUAUGAAUCCGCUUCUCUUUUUUUACUCCGUCUACUUGAGCUAUGCGAAGAGCAUGAACGUGCCCGUGAGCAGUCUGAGCGUAUCCUUCAAGUUCUCCGACGGAAUUGGCGGGAACGAGGAUGGCAUCUGGCUUAUGCCCAUACAAACAUACAAAGGCGAAUUUGUGACUAGUUCCCACCCCUUCACACAUAAAUGUAUACACAAGAGAAACAACAUUUUCAUGAAAAUCUGUGACGAGGAAAACAGGCGAGUUGUGUGUGCAGAUGGAAGAGAGGAGGAUAAUGUAAUGUCUGGCGGGGGAGUUGACGAGGAGGAAGUCACCUUCAAGGAGGCCACAAGAAAGGAAAUAGGAGAUCCUACCCCCCAAGUGGAGAACCAAGGUGACAGGGUAAAUAGCUCUAAUGGAGAAUUGUCUGCACAAAAAGGAAAAGACAUUAGAAUCCAUCGAAGUAACGAUUUUUGGCAAUACACCCGCAAGAAGGAAAAUCAAUUUUAUUACUACUCUCCCUACAUUUAUGUAAGGAUAAAAAAAAAUAAACAAAGUGAGAUAGUUCAAAAUGGAGGAAAUGAGAAAAGUAAUCCGAAUGGUUUAUACAACGAGAAUGGCGAUAAGGGGGGUGUUAAUAAAAAUGAAAAGGAUGCACAAAAUGGGGAAAUACUCGAAAGAGAACGAAGCAAUCUUCUUGAUAGUUAUGAGGAAGGGGGGAUGGAAAGGUUGAGCUUAUCUGGGUACCCUGCAGAUAAAUUAACUUCUGCCUUUAGAGCCUUUAAAAAUAACGACCCCUUUGACAGGAACGAUUUUGUGUUCUAUUGCCCCGUCAUGGUUUUCAAUCCGAGAACGAGAAGACAUGAUAAAACGCUUUUCUUCCUUCCCAUACCCUGCAUAUACAGCAAGACAAUUUACAACAAGUUCAAAGUGCACAUGUUAUUGUAG